AUGGCUACCGCCCAGAGAAUCUCUGAUUUCCAAGCUCUUUCUGCGAGCAAACCAGAUUCUAAUAGCGACGUCUGGCAGGAAGCCCAAAGUCAGGAUGGAAAUAAAUAUCAAGUCGGCUUGCAGCACUCCGAUCUCGCAGGCAUAGAUAUUAACUCCAUCACGGCGGCAAGUAAAGAUAAGGCCUCUGAUGAUGUCAGGGUCGCAGAUUCUUAUAUCCGUGUAAAUUGGACCGUCGAUGAGCGUAGGAUCGAACGCACACCAUCUCAGGCAGUAACGGAUAUUGGAAUCAAGAAGUACUGCCUGUACCCGAUCCCAGACUCGAACGUCUACAGCUACAGGUUGGAGGUUUACACCGAGACCGGGUUUUGGGGUGAGGAGUACCACUUUUGCGAUGAAACCAAAGAUGUAUACCCAUUGUAUGCGUAUGCAAAUCGCUUCCAUAAGCUCCAAUAUAAUAGCUCGAAUCCAACCAUUAUUGCUGUGCGAAAGGUAUAG